AUGAUUAUUCCAGUUCGUUGUUUCUCUUGCGGAAAGGUUACCGGAGACAUCUGGGAGCGAUAUGUCAAGCUCAUUGACGAGGGAGUCAACGACGGUGAUGCUAUGGAUGAGCUCACUUUAAAGAGAUACUGCUGCCGUCGCAUGAUCAUGACCCAUGUCGACCUCAUCGAGAAACUUCUUAGAUACAAUCCUGCGGAGAGAGAUGCGAAAAAGGCCGCUUUGAACGGUUAAUAAGUCAAAUCAGCCAUAUUACCUUUUACUCGUACACCCCUCGAUUCGGAUGAUCCCAAUUUCUCAAUCUGCUCAAUCGGAAGAAGCGCGAUAUGCGAUUAGACGAUACCAUAGCAGACAGGGAGGCAGAUGGUAUAGGCGUUGAUUGGAGAUCAUAAUCCAAAUGCUACAGAUUUUGGCGUGGGCGUUCCAGGGCUACACCCAACGGUGAUUGGUGUGUAGUAAACAUUUGCGAGCGGUGUUGAAUUUUUGAACGGAGGAGGGGGGAGAUAAUAUUUGCGGCUCAUUAUCGAAUUUUCACAAUCAAGGAUUAUUUACAACAGAACCAUACCAUACUUUCGUACAUGCAUUGUUGG